GCCCCCUCUUCCGUCUUCCCCACCACCACCUCCUCUGCCAUCCUCGCCUCCUCGCCUUCCUCUCACUCCUCGCCGAAACCCCACCCCCCAACCGGAUCAGGGCGUCGCGAUGCUGGUGGAGGCGAUCCCCGCGCUGUGGAGCGCCGUCCACGGGUGGUUCACCCCCGCCGUGCUCUUUGUCGUGCUCAACAUCGUCAUCGGCACCAUCGCCGUCACCUCCAAGGCCGCCGCGCCGGCGGACGGCGCUGCCGCCGAGGGAGAAGGCGCCGCCUCGGGUGCGGGUGCGGGUGCGGGUGGCGGAGAGGAGCCGUACCGGAAGCUGUCCCGCGUGCCCUCCAUGGCGUUCGAGCGGCUCCGGUCGUUCAACCUCAACCGCUUCGCCGCGCCCGGGCCCGAGCCCGCCGUGGCGGGGGAGGUGGAUCUGGGGUACGAGGAGCAGCCCCCCGCGCCGGCGGUGGAGAAGGAGGAGCCCGUGGGUGAGCGCGAGCGCGAGGUCGAGCCGGAGCCGGAGCCGGAGCAGGAGCCGGUGAACGAGCACGCGGCGGCGCACAUGGAGCGGAGCCGGUCGGAGGCGAAGGCGGAGGCGGAGCUGCCGCGGCUCCCGGCGCGGCUGCACAAGUCGGCCAGCGACAGGUCGGCGUUCGCGCACUUCGAGGCCGAGGAGGUGGAGGAGGCCGUGCGUGCGGUGGAGGCGCGGCGCCCGGCGACGACGAGGGAGGGGGCGCGCCGCGGGCGGCGGGUCCCCGUGGCGGAGCCGGAGUCGUCGGACUCGGACUCGGAGGCCGAGGCGGAGGAGGCCAGCGCCACCGCCGCCGGCGGCGAGGUGGACGCGGCGGCGGACGCCUUCAUCAACAAGUUCCACCACCAGCUGAAGCUGCAGCGCAUCGAGUCCUUCAUCCGCCACAGGGAGACCGUCCGCCGCGGCCAGGCGACGGCCGCGGGCGUCUAGGUGGGCGCGCGCCAAUCCGAGCCGGCCGAGUUGCCAAGACCGCAAGCUCUGCAAGACUGCAAUAACGGAGAUGGUGAGCGAAGAAGAUGAAGAAGAGAAGGCGUGUUGGGGGGAUUGGACGGAGGAGAUGGAUGGUAACUCCGUUCCUUGUUCCCCAUCUGAUUUGGGGUUUUUUUUUCGCGUUUCCUGGUGCUAGUACAUCGUAGCUCCAUGAGUUUUGGAUAGAACCCUUGCGCAAUGCGCCAUCGCAUCAUGUGAAUCGAUAAAGGAACAACCCGUAGCUAAGUUGCUGUAAAUUAUGCCUGUUUUUGCAAAUGUGGCUUAAGCAUAUGCAAAUUCUUCAUUAUUUUUGGCUGAA